AUGUCCGUGGGCGCGGGGCUCAAUAUGAUGGCCCCGAAAGGAAAGGCGAAGGCCAAGGCGGAGGCAAAGGCGAAGGCGCGGGCCGAGGCGAAGGCGAAGGCCGCGGCGCGCGCCGAUAAGGAGAAGAGGAAGUCGCAGAAGAGGGUCAGCGAAGCUGCCUUGCGCGCGGCUGCGGAGAAGAGGGCGUGCAACGGAGGGAAACUGAGCAAUGGGCUGACGCCGUCGCCAGAUGCGGGGCCCGAAGGGAGCGCGGAGUCGGCCAUCCCCUACCACGAGGUGUUCGUCAGGGGGUUCUGGGUGCAGACUCACGCGUGCAUGUUGACGUUCAACAAUACGGAGUUCACCCCGGAUACGCGGGCCCUCUUCGAGGAGUGGUGCGGCGCGACGGCCGCGCGCCUCGGGUCCCGCGCGUGGUCGGGGCGCCUGGAGCAGCCCCUUCGCGCCGCCACGGACGCGCCAAGGUACUGCCUCCACGCGUACUUGUACUGGAAGGGCGGCGAUGGCUUGCGCCUGCGGAGCGCGGACGACCUCGCGUUCCAGGACUACGUUCCGAAGCCAGUGUGGCUGGACGGGUGGUGGGCGGCCCAGAAGCUGUCCCAUGACCAGUAUCGCGAGUUGUCCCUGCUGUUCCGGAUUGGUUCCCAGAAGAGGAAGAGGGGCGUGGAGGAGGUCGCGCAGGCCGAGAGGGAGGGGUUCUUGCAGAAGCACCUGGCGGUGGAGCUGGCCGAGCUGGAGCGAGCGGAUCCAGUGCGGCCCGCGCAGCAGUUCCCAGAGACGGCGGAGUUCGUGCAGCUCUUCUCGAAGCCGAUGCGGCGCCGGCCCAUCCUCGUUAUCUUCGGGGGGACGAACCUCGGCGAGAGCAUCCUGGCCGGCUCCGUUCUCGAGGACGUCGCGAAGAUGCUGCACCUUCCGGGCGUCGUGGAAGUCACUGUCGAGGAGGAUUCGAAUCUCGACCUGGCGGAGUUCGAUUUGGCGAAGCACUCCGGGGUCCUCCUUGACGGCGCGGGGGGCGCCAUGAUGCUCAAGAGACACCGGGGGGCCUUGCAGGGCCGUCCCAAGAUGAGUCGCGGGGGCAAGUCCGCCACCAAGAUGUAUUCGUAUCCGCUCACGCUCUGCAGACGGGCAGUGGUGGUGACGAUGGACCCCAGCGCCAAAAACCUCCACGAGUUCCGCGCAUGCCACUGGCUGUCGAACCCCAAGAACGUCGUCCUCCUCCGGCUGAACGCCCCCGCGUGGGCUGAGGCAGCCGACGCCUCCGACGCGGCCGAGGAGUGCAUGGCGGGGUGGACAGUGGAGGAGGUCGGCGGAUGGCUGGAGAGCGAGGCUCUCCUGGAAUUCAACCGGCGCCGCCUCGUCUUCCAGAGCUCCGCCCCGGCUUGCCCCCGGCUUCCCACAGGGUCUUAG